AUGUAUCCGCGAAAUACAAAAACAUCUGUAAUACCUGUUAAGCAGAGAGAAAAUAUUGGUCAAUGGUGGAAAACAUUCCUUGAUACAACGGGUGCAAAAAAUUUGGUUUAUUAUAAUGUUGAUGUGAAAGUAACCGGUCCUAAUAGUGGUGAUUUAUCAGCUAGAUGGUAUAUGAGCGUUGGCAGCGGACAUAUUGACAAGGAAACAUGGACUAAAAAUGAUGGCAGAUGGUCACUUGCUUUUGAUGAUUUUACUGUAGAAGAAACACAUUCAGCAACAGGAGUAGUUGAGGACCAUAAAUCUGACGUGGUGAAGCCGACAUCGUCACCAUCAUAA